AUGAGCCUCGACGAGCGCCACGAGACGCUCAUCAUCGGAAUCCCUUCCAGUCACGUUCUCCAUCCGGUGUUGCUCCCACGAGAUCCGAAGUAUUACAUAGACUCGUGGAUCGAGGUCGCCUCGCAGCCCUCCUCCUCGUCGCUUUCCUCCAUUGCUACCAAUGAUGACAUCAUCACAACGGGUCUGCGUGUCGAGCAACAUGGGUCGAGAGCAUACCAUCAUCGUAGUCGACGACGGCGUCUGCAGCGCCUGGCUGCUGUCACAGCGGCUCAGGUUGACUAUUCGUCCCGUGAACAGAGCAGUAGUCAGGAUGAGUACGAGGAAAGUGAAAGUGAAUCGGACCGCGUUAUGACAAAUUCCAAUGAAGACAUGCCUCAAAGACCCCUGGGAGGUCCGCUAUUAGCCCACUCUGGGCCUCCGUCGAUGUCGGAUAUUCCCUCGAGUGACGAGGAUGAUGCAUCAACAGCGCUGGGGAUGCGAAUCAGCUCGUCCCCGUUUGUCCCACAGCCAAAUGUCUUCUCCCAUCCGCCGGCAUCGCAAAACCCAGCCUGGACCAGGCCAGUUGAGAGGCGUCGUCCUCAGCCUAGCGAAGUAUCGAAUUCCAGCCGUCAAACGGCCAUCCGACGGAACUCUCAGGCCGGCAUAAGACCAGCUCACAGGCAAUCACAACAGCAUAGCCCAUACAAUAUGAUUUCACCGUCUUACCAGGCAGACCACGAUGCUGCUCUCCGCUCAAGUCUCUCCACCCUUCUUUCUUGUGCGGCCGCUGCACGGGGUCUGCCGAAAUCCGACCCCCAACCUUCCCCAGCCUCGGGGCCUUCUCGAGCACAGCCAGCUUCGUUCCGACUAGUGUCGGAGUCAGUUGCAAUGGGGGAACAUCUAUCUGAAGAAGUGCCCACAUCGGCUGUCGAGACCAACACAUCUAGGCGGCCCAUGAGUCAUAAUCCAACCGUGGCUAGUUAUUCACCACGCCCUUCUCCCUCCGCUCCGAAGGUGAGACGGCGGUCUAGUUCCCCGAGAGAACACCACGCCUCGGCAUCUAGGAAGAGUCGUCGGGCAACCACGGCAGACUCGGCAGCUAGUCCUACGAUUAUGACAUGGGUUAUCAGCGCUGGUGUCGUGGUUCUCUUCUCGGCAAUCAGCUUUUCAGCAGGUUAUGUGAUUGGCCGUGAGGUCGGAAGGAUGGAGGCAAGCACAGGAGUCGGAUCCGUCAUGGGUGAUGGCAAUUUUUCUGGUGGCAGAACGUCCGCGGCUUGUGGCCAAGAAGCCAUCAAGGGAGGCUUGAAGCGGCUCCGAUGGAGCUCUGGAGCUGCUGGAUCAGGAGUCAUUGCAUGA